UAGAUAUAAAUAUAGAAGUGCUGAGUGCUAAAGUGCAUAAAAAUUUGCCUUGGUUUUUAACGCCAGCCGGCUCUAUCUUCCCCGAGUUCCCUCAAGCUCGAUUUGUAUUCUUCUCCGGUUCUCCCCAUCCUUCUCCACCUCAUCCCGUAGACGACUGCUCGAUCGAUUCCUAUCCCGGCGGCGAUAUUCCGAUGGAGAACCCUCAGCCUGGUGUGGAGAAUGGAGGCGAUACAUCCUCCGAGAAGGUCGAGAGCAUGGCGACCUGGGUCGGCACAAGCAUUGCUUCCGCCUUCUUCGCCUCUCUCGAGCGCUUCUCCUGCAUAAAUAUCUCUACCAGCGAUCUUGAUGACGAGAUCGAGGAGAAUUCCAAGGAUUAUCCUCUUGUGAGCUCCUCACAGAACUCCUCUGAUCACUGCAGCAACGAGACAGGCUUCGCUCCAAAUUUCUCCCCAUGUGCCUCGCCAUCUAAUUAAUUAACACGUGCUUCCUUCCUCCUCCUCUGCCAUUGGUGUGGCGUGAUCUGAUGUCGACUCGCCGUGAACGCCGUUGUUCUUACUGUUCGUGAUUUCCUAUCCUUUUGUAAGAGCAGGGACCUUUUUUUGGUCUUUGUUAAUUAAUUCUGGAUCCAUCUCUGUUUGUCAUGGAAACGUCCUUAUCUGAGAAUAUUUUUUAUGUUUUUGGUAAGUGGUUCUGCGGAUGAAAUUUUAAGGCAAUUUGAUUCAAUCGAUGUUGUUGAAAAUAGUUAUAUAUAAUUGGAUGUGCAGGCUGUGAAAUAACAUUU